AUGCCCAGCAUCUUUACCUACCAGAGCUCCGAGGUUGAUUGGUGUGAGAGCAAUUACCAAUACUCAGAGCUGGUGGCUGAAUUCUACAACACGUUCAGCAAUGUCACUUUCUUCCUCAUCGGGCCUCUCAUGAUGUUCCUCAUGCGUUCCUACGCCCAGAAGCGAACCCGUGGUUUCUACCUGUUUGUGGUCCUCUUCAUGGCCAUAGGCCUCUUCUCCAUGUACUUCCACAUGACGCUGAGCUUCGUGGGGCAGAUCCUGGAUGAGCUCACCAUCCUGUGGAUGCUGGCCAGUGGCUACUGCAUCUGGCUGCCGCGAUGCUAUUUCCCAGCCUUCCUCGGGAAGAGCAGGUUCCAGCUCUCCUGCCUGGUCCUCAUCAUCACAGUCUUCAGCACCUUCCUGUCCUUCCUGAGACCCGUCAUCAACGCCUACGCCCUCAACUGCAUCGCCAUCCACAUCCUCUACCUCAUAUUCCUGGAGUACAAGAAGGUCAACGACAAGGAGCUGCAUCACAUCGUCCAGGUCUCCGUGGUCCUCUGGGCAUUCGCACUGACCAGCUGGAUCAGCGACCGUGCGCUUUGCAGUUUCUGGCAGCGGAUCCAUUUUUUCUACCUCCACAGCAUCUGGCAUGUCUUCAUCAGCAUUACUUUCCCUUACGGGAUGGUGGCAAUGGCCUUAAUAGAUGCCAGGUACGAGCUGCCGGGACAUACCCUCAAAGUGCACUACUGGCCUCGGGACACGUGGCCCGUGGGGCUCCCUUAUGUGGAAGUCAGCCAGGAGGACAAGAGCUGCUGAGAUG